CUCCCGGCGAUGUGGGGCAGGGUGUUUGAAAAAGUAGGGACUGCUGUAUCCCUCGACCCCAGGCCCAGCGGGUAGUUCCUGCGGCGUGGGCGGGGCUGCCACGUGACCCGAUUGCUAUGGCAGCGGGGGUAACAAUCAGGCCCGCGGCCCCGCCCCUUCUCACCCCUGCUCUCCCCCACCCCACCCACCCCUCCUCCCAAGCCCUGGGAAGGGCCUCCCCGCCCUUCCGGGGCCCCAGACACCCGCGGAGACUCUCCGGCUUCAGGGCGCUCCGUUGAGUGAAGGCCGCUCUAGGACAACCAAGAUCGAGAAGCGCCUGCACCCCCUGCCUUUCAUCUAGACUAAUUUGACUGCGGUGACUCUUGUUCAAGGGACAGCCGCUUUGGAUAGCUUGUUACAGCUCCCCUCACGACAUCCCUGGCGCGCAUGUCACAAGUCAAUAGGAUCAAGAACCAAGUCGGUUUUGCUCUCAGGGGCUCUUGGGGCCACCAGCCAAGGGUAGGAGUCUUGUCUGUUUGGCUGAACGCUGUGUGCCCAGUCCAGCACCCUGCAGGUGUCUGACCCCUGGCAGGCGCUUCAACAUGAAUGAAUGACCGCCUCAGGCUCCUCCGCGUCCCAGUGAGCAGGUAGAAUGAUGAAUGAAGUAAAAGAGUCCCUGCGGAGCGUGGAGCAGAAGUACAAGAUCUUCCAGCAGCAGCAAUUCACCUUCAUUGGGGCCCUGGAGCACUGCAGGGAGAACGCCCACGACAAGAUCCGGCCCAUCUCCAGCAUCGGGCAGGUGCAGAGCUACACGGAGCACCACUGCAGCAACUCCACAGACAGGCGCAUCCUGCUCAUGUUCCUGGACAUCUGCUCGGAGCUCAGCAAGCUCUGCCAGCACUUCGAGGCCCUGCACGCUGGCACCCCCGUCACCAACAACCUCCUCGAGAAAUGCAAGACCCUCGUGAGCCAAAGCAAUGACCUGAGCAGCCUGCGAGCCAAAUACCCCCACGACGUGGUGAACCACCUCAGCUGUGACGAGGCCCGGAACCACUACGGAGGUGUGGUCAGCCUCAUCCCCAUCAUCCUAGACCUGAUGAAAGAGUGGGUCGCCCACUCAGAGAAGCUGCCCCGCAAAGCACUGCAGCAAGUGAGUGAGCCCCAGGCAGCCAUGCAGGCCACCGCGCACGCUCCCCAGGCCUCGGGCACCCAGCCCCAGCUUCGGAAACAAAACUGUGGGCAACUGAUACAGAACAUCCCCAAACCUGGGGGGAAAGACCAAGGAAGUUCAAAACCGCCCUGGAGACCACCUGGUGGGAAACUGUAACUCGGAGCUGGGGGACCCGCCCGACCCCAGCCCUGCCCUACCCCACCGCAUUCCCUCCCAUCCCAUCCCACAGGGCAGCCUGUAACUAAGCCUGGUUUCCACCAGUGGAUCCAUCUCUACUGGUGCUCACCAUCCUCGCCACUUACUAAUCCCCAGGGAGCCACCCCAUGGAUGGCCUAAACUCUUUCCCUCUAGCGCUUUAACCUCUAACUUUCCUUCGCCUCCGAGUGUCAGGCCCUGUGCCCAGGAGGAGCACCCCCACUCACGUUGCUGCUGGUGGGUUCAGGGGAGGAGGGUGGGCCCCCAGAAGGGCUGGGGCGCUGACCCUCCCACCCAGGCCCAGCCAGAGAAUGCGCAGCUCCCUUCUGGCCACGGGACAGAGCUGCUCCAGCCUGAGGAUGCUCAGUGGGGUCAGGUCUCUGAACCAAAGGGGAACAAGCCGCCCAGCCUCUCCUUUCCUCGAGAGAGAGACAGAGAGAAGCCGGAAGACCUGCCAGCGUGGCUCCUGCAGGAGGACGGUCGCCUGGUCCUCACGACCUAACUGCAGCCCAGAGGCUGGGACUGUGGCGUUGGUGCUGAGCCUGCCAG